AUGUCAAAGACCGCAACCCGCCCAGACUGGGCAGACGAUGUCUCCGACUCGGAACAGAUCAAUGACCCCACGGCGCUGCCCGCUCCUGUGACCACUGUGAACAAAGAUGGAACUCGGACCACGGUGUUCUACCGCUUCAACGACCAGGGUCAGAAAGUGAAAGUCACACGCAAAACCCGCAUCACAACCCACAAAGAAAAAGUCAACCCAGUCGUCGCUGAACGACGCACCUGGGAGAAAUUCGGCCUUGAGAAGGGCAAACCCAAGGGCCCACAGCCUGAUACUACUUCCGUCGGCGAAAACAUACUCUUCAGACCGAGUCGAGAUUGGAAGAAUGCGCAGGCCGAAGAAGCCAAGGCAGGCGGCGGCAAGGCGGAGGAGAAAUCUCUGAAGGAGCAAUUGAGAGAUAAGAAGGUCAAGUGUCGUAUCUGUCAAGGCGAACAUUUCACAGCUAGAUGUCCCUUCAAGGAUACGAUGGCGCCGGCGGACGAUGGGACAACACCCGUCGCCGACCCUAUGGCCGAAGAUGACGAAUCUGGGCAGAAGCCUCAAGGUGGGCUCGGCGCCGGCGGCAGCAGCUAUGUACCGCCACAUCUCAGAAAAGGUGCUCAAGGCGCCGGAGAGAGGAUGGGCGGCAAGUACGAAAGGGACGAUUUGGCUACACUGCGAGUCACGAACGUAUCCGAGAUGGCCGAAGAGCAAGAGCUUCGCGAUCUCUUCGAGCGGUUUGGUCGCGUCACCAGAGUCUUCCUGGCCAAAGACAGAGAUACCGGCCGAGCAAAGGGUUUUGCAUUCAUUUCCUUUGUGGACAGGUCUGAUGCCGCCAGAGCAUGUGAGAAGAUGGAUGGCUUCGGCUACAGGCACUUGAUUCUGAGAGUGGAGUUUGCGAAGAGAACGACCUAG